AUGAGUUACUCUCUCUCUUCCCAGCAUUUCGAUGCGGUGCAGAUCUCAACUGACCAGGAAGACUCCAAGCUUGGUCUCCUGUCGCAACCUGACACCUCCCACAUUGCGCUGAGCUCGCCUCCCAGUCCAUUCAGUUUUCGUGAUUGGGCGGCUUGGGCAUCUCAGCCGGUCUACUCAUCUCGCCAGUGCGUCGAGUACGGUGAGCCAUACGGCUUGGGUCCGUUGCCUCAAGAGCCAAUGGAAGAUCCAAAUGGAUAUCAGGAUCUGUACCGCUCAUAUGUCACUCAUCCCAUGGCUGGCACAUCCAUGGAGGCAUUGGCCCCCCUGGCCGUAGAUGCUCCCUCUGAAUGGGCUCUUUUGGACUCCUCCCAUGCCUUCAAGGACCAGCAGUACAGUUACCCUGUCCACUUGAAUCCUCUUCAGCCACCUCAGAACUCCCCGCCCUCGCCACUAUCUGAGGUCUCCUCUUACCAUUCUCCACAAUCGUUCGCCGAUGCGAGCCCAGCAAUGACAAUCCAUACCACAGAUCGACCAUCGCCACGUUCCAGCACUGGUGACCACAAAGAGGACCGUUCUAGCAACCAGCCUUACUCUUCUCUCAUCUACGAUGCUUUGAAGGCUGCCCCGGGGAACAAGCUCCCCCUGCAGGGUAUCUACUCUUGGUUUGAGGCAAAUACAGAUAAGGGUGCCGAUCCUAAAGCAAAGGGUUGGCAGAACAGUAUCCGACAUAACUUGUCAAUGAAUGCAGGCUUUGAGGCAGUGAAAGAAGAGGUUGAACCAGGUAGGAAAACGGUCAACUUCUGGAGGUUGACGCCUGAAGCAAUCCGAAACGGCCAUAUCCAAUCCACCACACGGUACCGCAAGCUCCAAAACCAGAGGAAGGCAAUGAAUUCAAGAAGCCGUACCCCUCAAAGUCAGCCAUCAGGGGCUAAGGGGGGCCAUGCCACUAGAGUUGUCAAACCACGUCACACGAACAGUCUUCAUAGCGACCGGACCGACGCACAUCAUCAACAGCAAAUGACAGGCCUCAAUCCCGCUAUCGAUCACUUCGGUUCUAUGGGCCUUCCAAGCAUGUACCAAUACCUGCAACGCCCCAUGGGGGAUAUCGUUGGAUGCACCAUGUUACCACCGGGUGACACCUUUCUUGAUGCUGCGGAUCAACGACCAACAUUUGCCAUGGGCAAUGGCGAAGAGUGGUAUGCGAGAGGUGCAGGGCCCCAACAGGGUCCACAGCUCACCUGA